GACGGCCGUAAGCGGAAGCGCGGAGGAGGGAGCUGUUAAUCCGGCACCUUGUGACAGAUGACGUUGCUGCUGGGACUGAUAUCUCUCUGCAGUGGCCAGAUUCAUUCCCACUGAGCUGCUGAAUUGCCCAGCCUCCCCCUCUCCUGCCUGGUGGGGGUCUGCUGAACCCAAGGGCCAUUUGCAGCCAUGGUGGAUUUCCUUGCUGAGAACAAUUUGUGCGGCCAAGCGAUCCUCCGGAUCGUUUCCCGGGGAAACGCGAUCAUAGCGGAGCUGCUCCGGCUCUCCGACUUCAUCCCCACAGUCUUCAGGCUGAAAGACAAAAGUGACCAGCAGAAAUAUGGAGACAUCAUUUGUGAUUUCAGCUACUUCAAAGGUCCAGAGUAUUACGAGGGCAAGUUAGAAACCAAACCGGAGCUUCAAGACUUAGACGAAGAAUUCAGAGAAAACAACAUUGAGAUCCUGUCACGUUUUUAUCUCGCUUUUGAAAGUGUCCAUAAGUAUAUUCUGGAUCUAAUACGGUACCUAGAUGAUCUCAAUGAGGGUGUUUACAUUCAGCAGACCUUAGAGACUGUCCUUCUCAAUGAGGAUGGAAAACAGCUUUUGUGUGAAGCGCUGUAUCUCUAUGGGGUCAUGCUCUUGGUCAUUGACCAGAAGAUUGAAGGAGAGGUGCGAGAGAGAAUGCUGGUGUCCUAUUACAGAUACAGUGCUGCUCGGUCCUCUGCGGACUCCAACCUGGAUGACAUCUGCAAGCUGCUCCGUAGCACAGGGUACUCCAGUCAGCCUGGGGCAAAGCGGCCACCCAGCUACCCUGAGAGCUACUUCCAGAGGGUUCCCAUCAGCCCCACCUUUGUCAGCAUGGUGAUUGGUCGCUUGCGCUCGGAUGAUAUCUACAACCAGGUGUCUGCAUACCCAUUGCCUGAGCACCGCAGCACUGCUCUAGCCAACCAGGCUGCCAUGCUGUAUGUCUGCCUGUACUUCGCACCCUCCAUACUGCACACACAGCAAGCCAAGAUGAGGGAGAUUGUGGACAAGUACUUCCCUGACAACUGGGUCAUCAGCAUCUACAUGGGCAUCACAGUGAACCUGGUGGAGGCCUGGGAACCAUACAAGGCAGCCAAGGUUGCGCUCAACUAUACCUUGGACACAGCCAACAUCAAGGAGCAGGCCUGCCGCUAUGCCAGCGGCUUGGAGACCCUCCGGCCACAGGUGCAGCAGCUGCUGAAGGAGGGUUUCCUGCGGGAGGAGAUUGUCCUGGACCACAUCCCCAAGCUGCUUAACUGUCUGCGUGACUGCAACGUGGCCAUACGUUGGUUGAUGCUGCACACCGCUGAGUCUGUCUAUGAUCCGAAUAACAAGAGACUGCGGCAAAUCAAAGACCAAGUUAUCAAUGACUCCAAAUACAACCCCAAGAUUCUCUUCCAGCUGCUUCUGGAUACAGCCCAGUUUGAAUUUAUUCUGAAAGAGAUGUUCAAACAGAUGCUGUCUGAGAAGCAGAUCAAAUGGGAGAACUACAAGAAGGAGGGUUCUGAGAGGAUGACAGAGUUGGCGGAGGUGUUCUCUGGGGUAAAACCCCUUACCCGAGUGGAGAAAAACGAGAACCUUCAGGCCUGGUUCAGGGAGAUCUCCAAGCAAAUCGAGUCGUUGAAUUACGAGGAUUCCACAGCUGCAGGAAGGAAGACUGUGCAAUUGAUCCAGGCUCUGGUGGAGGUGCAAGAAUUCCACCAGCUGGAGUCCAAUCUUCAGGUGUGCCAGUUCCUGGCCGACACUCGCAAAUUCCUGCACCAGAUGAUCCGCACUAUCAACAUCAAAGAGGAGGUCCUGAUCACCAUGCAAAUUGUGGGGGAUCUGUCCUAUGCCUGGCAGCUAAUUGACAGUUUCACUUCUAUAAUGCAGGAGAGCAUCCGAGUUAACCCCUCGAUGGUGACUAAACUGCGAGCAACUUUCCUAAAGCUGGCUUCUGCCCUGGACCUGCCUCUGCUGCGUAUCAACCAGGCCAACAGUCCAGACCUGCUCAGUGUCUCCCAGUUCUACUCUGGCGAGCUGGUGGCUUACGUCAGGAAGGUGUUGCAGAUUAUUCCAGAAAGCAUGUUCACAUCCCUGGCCAGGAUCAUCAAACUGCAGAUCCAUGACAUCAUGGAGGUCCCUACUCGCCUAGACAAGGAUAAACUGAAGGACUAUGCCCAGUUGGGCGCACGCUACGAAGUUGCUAAACUCACGCAUGCCAUUUCAAUUUUCACUGAGGGGAUUCUCAUGAUGAAGACCACCCUGGUUGGUAUCAUCAAGGUGGAUCCCAAACAGCUCCUGGAAGAUGGCAUCCGGAAGGAGCUGGUGAGGAGGGUUGCAUUUGCUCUUCAUAAAGGUCUUACCUUCAACCCCAAGGCAAAGACCAGUGAGCUGAUGCCCAAGCUGAAGGACAUGGCAGCCACCAUGGACGGCUUCUACCGCUCCUUUGAGUAUAUCCAAGACUAUGUCAGCAUCUACGGCCUCAAGAUCUGGCAGGAAGAAGUGUCCCGCAUCAUCAACUACAAUGUGGAACAGGAAUGCAAUAGUUUCCUCAGGACCAAGAUCCAAGACUGGCAGAGUGUGUACCAGUCGACCCAUAUCCCAAUUCCCAAGUACUCUCCUGUGGAUGAGUCUGCCACCUUCAUUGGGCGUCUUUGUAGAGAAAUACUGAGGAUCACUGACCCCAAGGUUACCUGUUACAUUGAUCAGAUGAACACGUGGUACGACAUGAGGACACAUCAGGAGGUGACAAACAAUAGGCUGUUUUCUGAAAUUCAGCACACCCUGGGGACAUUCGGGUUGAACGGCCUUGACCGUCUCCUCUGCUUCAUGAUUGUGAAGGAGCUGCAGAACUUCCUAAACAUGCUGCAGAAGACCAUCCUCCGGGACAAAGCUGUGGUUGACAUCUUCAAGGUGCUUCUGAGUGCUGUGAAUCCAGUGAAAGGUAUUGUGGCAAAUGCUGCUAAAGUCUAUGCCAAUGCAGUGGCCAAAACACAGAAAAUCUGGGCAUCCUAUUUGGAUGCAAUCCUGAAGGUUGGACAGAUGCAGAUCCUGAGGCAACAGAUUGCUAAUGAAUUGAACUACUCCUGCAAGUUUGAUUCCAAACACCUUGCAGCUGCUCUGGACAACCUGAACAAAUCCCUGCUGGCUGAUAUUGAAGCACACUACCAGGACCCGACCCUGCCCUACCCCAAGGAGGACAACACCCUCUUGUAUGAAAUCACAGCCUAUCUGGAGGCAGCUGGUAUCCACAACCCUCUCAACAAGAUUUACAUCACCACCAAGCGUUUACCCUACUUCCCCAUCGUGAACUUUCUCUUUCUCAUCGCUCAGCUGCCAAAAUUGCAGUAUAGCAAGAAUCAGGGAAUGACGUGCCGGAAGGCUGCUGAUCCGGUGGACUGGCCUCCUCUGGUACUGGGCCUGCUCACUUUGCUCAAGCAGUUUCACUCGCGAUACACUGAGCAGUUCCUGGCUCUGAUUGGCCAGUUCAUCCGCUCCAUCAUGGAGCAGUGCACCAGUCAACGCAUACCGGAAAUGCCAUCAGAUGUGGUGGGGGCUCUGAUGUUCCUGGAGGAUUAUGUGCACUACACAAAACUGCCCCGCAAGGUGGUUGAAGCCCAUAUACCCAGUUUCAUUUUUGAUGAGUUCAGAACAAUCCUGUGAUGCCCAUGGGAGACGACAAACUCCGCAGAUGACAUCAGGGAUGGAAUGAAGCAUUUCUGUUUACUGAACUGAAAAUGAAAUUUUCAUCAUACUGGCCUUUAAUAUCUCAAAGCACUAAUGAAAUUAUUCAGUGUUAGAUUUUUAUAACAUUUUUACAAUAAAUUGUG